CUUUUGUUCACUUUGUUACUGUAACGCUGACGUUUUUACUGGGCGUGCAAACGCCAUGGUCAGUCUUGAACCAGUGAUACGAAUAUUAUAAUUUUUACAUUAGACGGAUAUGGAUGACUAAUAUACAAAUAGCCAUAUUAGCCACAUUAAUGCUCUGGCGCGUUUACGCGGAGGCGGAUUACUGGCUGGGUAACUGAUAGUAAAGUUCCUCUGGUUGCCCAGUUGUCGAAUUAUCAUUGCAAGCUAACAGCUUAACUUCGGACACAGCAGUAUUUUCCAGUAUGUUCACGUUUACUGUUUAACGGACGAUGGUUUAACAAUGUGGCCCCUGGAGACCUCGCAUAUGGCAUAAGCGUGCUCCAAGUAAUUGUACAGAUAUAUUCUCGACUUAUGUGAUCUAAAACAUUGAAGUUGGACAUCGCUCGUUUAAUUUUGCGAUCGUAAUGAAUUGACAUGAAGAAGGACAUUGACACAUUAAUAGCAGAGGAACGUGCUGACAUCAUCUCGAGAUAUGAAAAGGGCAGACAGCAGGGGCUGCAGAUUGACGAGUGGGAAGAUGCGGACAGCGGCGUAUACAAGAUCAUGGAUCGCUUCGGCUUCUUGCACAAAGAGGAGCUUCCCAGCCCCAGUGCACUUGAGGAGAAGCAAAAACAACAAGAGAUUGAAAGGGUGGGAAAAUGGCUGAAAAUGGUGGCCAGCUGGGAUAAGUACCAAAGCAGCGACAAGAUGUCACGCCGGGUAUAUAAGGGGAUUCCCCUGAAAUGUCGGGGGAAGGUGUGGUGCCUCCUCUUGGAAGUCGACAAGGUCAAGAAUGCCCAUAUAGGAAAGUACAAGAACAUGAAGGAACAAGCCAGGCAUUACUCGACAGAGAUCAAACAGAUCGAUCUGGACAUCAAUAGGACAUUCCGAAACCACAUCAUGUUCAGGGACCGAUUCGGAGUGAUGCAGCAGUCUCUGUUCUGGGUGCUGGCGGCCUACUCUGUGUACAACCCGGAGGUGACGUACUGCCAAGGGAUGAGCCAGAUCGCCGCCAUCUUGCUGAUGUACAUGAAUGAGGAGGAUGCCUUUUGGGCACUCGCACAGCUGCUUAACAACCAGAAGCAUGCCAUGCACGGAUUCUUCAUUCCUGGAUUUCCCAAACUUCAGCGCUUUCAGGCACAUCACGACCAGAUAUUUUCCAAACUGAUCCCAAAGUUAAAGAAACAUUUGGACAAGGAGCAGAUGUCCUCCGGGAUAUACACCACCAAAUGGUUUCUGCAAUGUUUCAUCGAUAGGACCCCAUUCACUCUGACCCUGCGUUUAUGGGACAUCUAUAUUCUGGAAGGGGAGAAGGUUUUAACUGCCAUGGCUUACACCAUCUUAAAACUAUACAAAAAGAUUUUGCUGAAGAUGUCUCUGGAGGAGCUACGGGAGUUUCUGCAGGAGGACAUUGUGGAGUCCUUCAGCCUGGGGGACGAUGUCGUCAUUGAGCAUCUUCAAGCCUCAAUGGCCGAACUACGCAAAAUGAAGCUGGACCUUCCUCCUCCAGCGAGACACGAUGAGUUUCCGAAGAAUGCCCUUGGCCUCGAGUUACCCAUAGUGCUGAUGCCAGUCAAGCUGCCCCAGGUACCCAACAGCAAAUGCCCGCCCCCAGUGCUACAGCAGCCAAUGGGAGGGCCAGUCCUGACACAAUGGCAGGAGAGGACCCGUAAACCUCCGAGUGACAUUUUGGACUUCAGGACUGCCAAUGGGCAGGGCCCACUGUCAACAUUCUCCAUACAUCCACGAACCCCAGAAAAGCCAGAGCAUGGGUUGGAAGUUCAAGAAGCAGUGGAGCGUGCAAGUGGGGACUGGCCCCCCCCUUAUGAGCCCCCUGAGAAUGACAUCAUGGCUAUGCAGGCUGAGGAGGAGCCAAUGGACCUACCUAAUUUGCCACCACCCCCACCUCUGUGCAUGCAGGAGUCUGUUCGCACAGAACCGGAAUCACAGCCUUUACUGCCCCCCCACCAACCUAUGUCCCUGUGCCCAGCCGAGCCUUUGGACCUCCACCUGCAGGGGUCGAACUUUUCUUCCAGGUCCAGUCAGCUGCCUGUCAGGUUCCCAGUGACUCUAUCGGUGCCCCAGCCCCCCAGCCACAGACGGCCCUCCAACAUCUCGCAGUAUGACAAUCUCUCUGAAGGAGAGCGGGAGGUGGACCACUCUCCUGAUCAGCUGCUGGAGGAGACUGCUUUGCUACUCCAAAGUCUGUCUGCGGACCUCCAACCUAAGGAGAUGUCAGGGCCUUCCACAGCAGUGUCACCUUAAUUUUUCCCUCCUCCUCCCCCACCUGUGACCUUAAAUCCAGCAGCCCUGCUCGUUCCUCCAUCUGUCCUUUGCUGUCACCAUGUUCCAUGUAAUGCAGUAUAAUGGUGUAUGCAAGUGACCCUGCCUGGCUGAACCCUGUCUGCUCUGCCAAUCCUUGAGGUUUUGGACUGAAAGUAGAGCCUUUGGGAUGUAGCUGGUGCCAAUUAAGAGCUCUUGGAAUACCACAAGGAAAUGAGGUCCCUGCACUCUUCCAAGCAGACAGGCAGUGGUAGCUGCUUGGCAUUUUUGAGCCAGUUGCUGCAUCCAUUGACCUGUUCAGCUGUGACCUUAGGACAAAUGCUGAGGGCUUCUGUUCCUCCAAGCCAGGAAUCUACCCCGACUCACCCAACUGGUGAUUCCAGACUGGUGAUAUAGCACAGCUGGUAUCCAUGAAACAUAAGCGGCUCUAUCCCAAGUGUUUAUAUCAGAAUGUAGCAGUUUGAUAAAUGCACCACUUUUUCAUUUCAUCUAUAUGAAAUAACCUUGUUCUUCUAUAGUCCUGCCUUUGAUUAUAUAGUACUUUUAUUGUUUAUGCAAUCUGUAUGGCAGAAACACCAGAGAGCUGAUAUCAAUGCCACCAGCAAUACAAGGAUGGCUGAGCUGUUUAAUUUGUAAAUAAGGAUUUAACAAUCAUUCUGAAGUGACUAGUUUUGUUAGAUUUUGCCAAGCAGCUCUGAAUCUUUCCUGGGUUUUAAUUCCUUUGCCUGUACCCCAUUUUCUGACAUUCAAGCCUGUCAAUUUGGUUCUAUUUAUCAGUUAAAGGCUUCUACCUACUGAUAUUCAUGAUGGUCUUAAAAUAGGAUUCAGUUGCAUUUUAUUUAUUUAUUUUUUAAUCUUCUUGUGAUAUUUGGUGUUUUGUAGAAUUUAUUGUGAUUUGUAUACCUUUGAAACAUUUACAUGUUCUGUAUUAUGUGCAGGGGCGGCAUGGUGGUGCAGUGGUUAGCACUGUUGCCUCACACCUCUGGGACCCAGGUUCGAGUCUCUGCCUGGGUCAUAUGUGUGCGGAGUUUGCAUGUUCUCCCCAUGUCGUCGUGGGGUUUUCCAUCCAUCAUCCAACCGCCCAUCCUGAACAGGAUCAUGUGUUAAUACAGUAUUUAUGUUAACUUUGAAUAUCUUCUAGAGAGUUGUACAGUGAACUGAGUUUUGUGGUGGGAUACAGGUGGGGAGUGCUUACUCCAUAAGGAGAGGAAAGCAAACAGUGUUUCAAGUUAGCAGGGAAGCAGGUAGGAUGGUCUCAAUGGAUGUAGGAGACUUCAGAAGAUGCACAUAAUAUAAUAUAAUAUAAUGUAAUGUGGGAGCGGUAUGGUGGUGCAGUGGUUAGCACUUCUCACACCUCUGGGACCCGGGUUCGAAUCUCCGCCUGGGUUACAUGUGUGCGGAGUUUGCAUGUUCUCCCCAUGUCCUUGUGGGGUUUCCUCCGGGUACUCCGGUUUUCCCCCACAGUCCAAAAACAUGCUGAGGCUAAUUGGAGUUGCUAAAUUGCCCGUAGGUGUGAAUGGUGUGUGAGUGUGCCCUGCGAUGGGCUGGCCCCCUAUCUAGGGUUGUUCCCUGCUUCGUGCCCAUUGCUUCCAGGAUAGGCUCCGGACCCCCCGCGACCCAGUAGGAUAAGUGGUUUGGAAAAUGAAUGGAUGUAUUAUGUGCUGUUUUGUGAUUUUUAAUAUUUGUACAAAAAUCUUUGCAAGUAGAAUUGUGUACAUUUGUUGGAAAUGUUAAAAAUGCAGUAUGUAAAUGAAAACAUUGAACAGUAAUAAUCAGCCAGUCAAAAUGUAUGAAUUACGAACUCCUGGGCAUACCACUAAUUAUGCAUUCUUGCUUCCUUUAACAAUUCCUUCUGGCAUAUUUAACGGUAAUAAGACGUUUUUUACAUGGCUUAUGGUUCGUUAUCUCCCCCUAGUGCACAGUUAGGGAAUAGCACAUAAUUUAAUAUACUGUAAAACCUCGGAUUCCGAGCAUAAUUCGUUCCGGAAACGUGGUAAUCCAAAGCACUCGUAUAUCAAAGCGAAUUUUCCCAUUAGAAAUAACAAAAACUCAGAUGAUUCGUUCCACAACCCAAAAAUAUUCAUAUAAAAAUGAUUAAUACUAAAUAUAAUAAAAAUACAUAAAACAAAUUAACCUACACUUUAUCUUUGAAAAGAAUCGUGGAUGGUGUGAAGGAGAAGAGAGUGAGGAGAAGAGGAGGGUUAUUUUGUUGGACGACUUUCACUAUAACUAACGUAAUCACUGCUAUCUGUUGGCUCAUUGGAAUCUUUUUCUUUUUGUGCGACUAUAACAAGGACCCUAUCCAAUGACAGCCGCAAUUGCCUCCUUUUUGAUUUUGUGGAAAUGUGGACAUUACAUUGUCGUUAAACAGAUUCAUCACUCGCACUGCUACGCUCUUAUUCCUGUGGUGCUUUUCUGCUAAGCUUUGACUAUACGAGUGAGGCACGCCGACUGAGACCGAGCCUGGGAGAUGAUUACCCACAAUCCUACAGCGAGAGAGAGAGAGUGAUCAUGUGACGCUCGGCAGACAAAGUAUAUAAAUAAUACUCGUAUUGCAAGACCUCGCUUAUUUAUCAAGUUAAAAUUUAUUAAAACAUUUUGCUCGUCUUGCAAAACACUCGCAAACCAAGUUACUCGCAAUCCGAAGUUUGACUGUAUUUACCUGUUUACCAUCUCAGUAUGGAUUUUGUGUGGCUGUUAAUACUCUCCCUUUUGUAUGAAGAUGAAUUUCUGUGCUUCAGUAAUUAUUUUUCUUUCUCAAAUGUGCCUUAAAUUAUAAGCUGUUAUAAACUGGAACGUAGUAGUGUAUUGACGUCACCCAUCUGAAACAUUAUAAUUGUCUGUUUUGCAUGUAAGAGCGUAUAUAAUGAGGAGUUGUGGGUGUACCAGGCAAUGAUGAUACAUAAAGGCUCAGGAAACAUACUCUGGGUUAGUUAGUAGCAGGGAUAGCGUAGAGCUUUAAGGUGCUACAAAGAGAUCAGAUACAUUAAAGCCUUACAGUGUUUGCACUAUUUUGUACUUUUGUAAUAUUCUCAGUAUUCGCAAAGGUUUAGUCUCGCAUGGUUUGUAUUUUACUUUGAUGCACUGCGCCUUGUUAAAUAGUUGGAAAUCCCACUGUAGAUUCAAGUAAAAUGAGUUUUGAGUUGAAAUUGGAGAAAAUGUGUCAGAAUCAAAUGUGUGAGCUUUUUUUUCUUUAUUUUUACCAAUUUCAUAAGUAACAUUAUUACAGGGUGAACCAUUGCACUACACAGUUAAUUAAAAAUGCUUUGCACUUUCACAAGGCCUCUGUAUGUAACCACAAAAGCUGAUUAACAGCUUUUCAUAAGAAGAGUUACACUAUUAAUACAAGUGCAUGGUCUAGUGCUUAACAGGUACAACCAAAAAGCUAGGCUCACGCUUCAGCACGCUGCUUAAACUGAGUAUUAUGUUUCACCCCUGUCCACAUCACACACACAUUUUAUGAACAGAGAAAGCAUCGGGCUUUGCAUACCACUUCUGACAAUCGCAUCAAUGAGUUUAACCUGCACUAUAGAGGGUACUUAUUGUGUAACAGAGACAAUAAUUAAUGUAAUGUUAAUGGGCAGUGUGAUGUUUAUUUGUUUCUUUUUAAAAGCCUUACCAUGAAUCAGGAAACCAGUUGAUUUCUGUAGUCCCCCCCAACUCCUAAAUCACCAGGAUAACAUUAUGGUCUGCCAGAAAGACACAGGUAAGAUAUUUUUUUGUAGUGUUCUGUUUUUUAUGUUAAUUGAAUCUUGAGAAAAAUUAAACAUAUUUAAAACAUUUUAAUCGCAAACCUAGAUAUUCAUAUGAUUUUAACGUUGUUCUCUUGUACUCAUGUUUCUUGGAUGAAGAUGCUUUAAAUGACCUAUUGUUAACUCCAGUCGAUGGAUUUCACAAUUACCCUUCAUGCCCACAAUGAAGGUGUAUUUCUGUAAUUAUUAGUAAAUAUAACAGAGUACCUACUUUUGAAAGUAGGGCAGACCAGGUGUACAGACAGGUUUUCUCAAACAUAUAAGAAUAAAGAUUUAUUACUGUCUGCA